CAAAAGGCUCCCCCGGACACCAUGAUGGGGCAUCCUCCUCUGGAGUUCAGCGACUGCUACAAGGACAGCCCGGAGUUCAGGGAGUCCCUGAAGUGCUACGAGCUGGAGCUGGACCGGACCAGCAAAUUCCUCAAAGAGCUCAUCAAAGACGGCAACAGCGUGAUCUCCGCCAUCAAGGGUUAUUCUUUGGCUGUGCAGAAGUUUUCCCAAACUCUCAGCGCGUUCCAGUUCGACUUCAUCGGUGAAUCCCUGACGGACGAUGAGAUUAACAUCGCUCAGUCAUUCCAGGAGUUUGCCGGACUUCUGCAGGAAGUGGAGCACGACAGGAUGAUGCUGUUUCAGAAUGCUUCUGAUCUGCUCAUCAAGCCCUUGGAGAAGUUCAGAAAGGAGCAGAUAGGAGUCACAAAAGAAAAGAGGAAGAAGUUCGAGAAAGAGAGUGAAAAAUUUUACUCCCAGUUAGAUAAACACUUGAGUCUCUCUGCCAAGAGGAAAGAGAGUCAACUACAAGAGGCUGACGAUCUUCUCGACAAAGAGCGAGUGAAUUUCUACGAAUCGUCAGUGGAGUACGUCUACCAGAUCCAUGAGGUCCAGGACAGGAAGAAGUUUGAUGUUGUGGAGCCGGUGCUGGCAUUUCUCCACAGCAUCUUCACGCUGAACAACCUGACGGUGGAGAUGACUCAGGACUUCAUGCCCUACAAGCAGGAGCUGCAGCUCAGUCUGCAGAACACGAGAAACCACUACGAGAGCACCAGUGAGGAGCUGGAGGAGCUGAUGAAACGAAUGAAACGCCCCUCCCAGAUCUCCAAAAUGCACAGCUCCAUGCCCAUGGAGGGAUACCUGAACUGUCAGGAGAAAUGGGCUUUGGGGGUGUCGUGGGUCAAAUACUAUUGCAGGUACCACAAGGAGGGCAGCCGGCUGAUCAUGGUGCCUUGUGAACAGAAGCCUGCCACCAAACAGGGUCCCACGCAGCUCACUUUGAAAUCCUGCAUCCGCCGGAAGACGGAGUCCAUAGACAAGCGCUUCUGCUUCGACGUGGAGACCGUGGAGAGAAACACGCCCGUCACCUUCCAGGCUCUUUCGGAGGGAGACAGGAAGUUGUGGAUGGAGGCCAUGGAUGGAAAGGAGCCCAUUUAUCACUCACCAAUUCACAAGCAAGCUGAAAUGGAACUGAAUGAAACUGGCUUCAAGUUUGUUAGAAAAUGCAUCAAUUACGUUGAAACUAAAGGAGCCACACAAGAAGGAGUUUACAGAACAGUUGGCAGCAACAUCCAAGUGCAGAAGCUCCUAAAUGCCUUCUUUGACCCGACGAAUCCAGGAGACGUGGACUUCCAUAGCAGCGACUGGGACAGUAAAACCGUCACCAGUGCCUUGAAGUUUUAUCUGAGGAGUUUGUCUGAACCUCUAAUGACCUACGAUCUGCACAGAGAUCUCAUGUGUGCUGCAAAGUCGGAUAAUCUGGACUUUCGACUGAGCGAAAUUCACUCUCUCACCUACAAACUCCCGGAGAAGAAUCGGGAGAUGUUGGGGAUGCUCAUUACACACUUGGUGAAUGUGUGCGGCCACAGUGAUGAGAACCUGAUGACUCCCUCCAACAUGGCGGUAAUCUUUGGACCCACGCUCAUGAGGGCAAAGGAGGAGACGGUGGCGGCCAUGCUUGACAUCAAGUUCCAAAACAUUGUGGUCGAGAUUCUGAUUGAAGACUACAAAAAGAUCUUCAGCUGCCUGCCGGAGGACAGCAGCGCCCCCCCCGUGCCCCCCCCACGCAUCACCCCGAGGAAACGGCAGCCCAUCACCAUCUCCAAGAGACCCGCUCGGGCCCACCAGCCUCUGAGUCACGACCAGUUCCAGCUCACAGAGAAUGGUCAGGAAGACGCCUCCAUCAAGGACACGGACGUCUCGGCGAGCGUCGUCCCCUUAAAGAGAAACAAAUCUCUAACUGGAGCUCCACUUGUUCCGAGAGAGCCUCCUCCCAGGAUGGCUCUGAUGCCCAAACAGUCCAAUCCUCCGGACAGACAGACGGACUCUGAUGUGAGGACAGGCGAGGCGAGGCAGAAGCCGGAUUCCUUCUCGGCGGCGAACGGGGAGUCUGGGGUCGGCGUGAGCAGGGCGCAGUCAUUUCAAAGCAGGAAACCGUCCCUAAAGGGCUCAGCAGCCAACCGGGAAGCAGAUUCCGAUGGUCUGACCAGAGCCAGGUCAGCGGAGAAGCACCCCAUUUGCAGGCCCCCGGGCCGCCCCCCCGAGCCCCCCUCCAGGGGCCCCGCCCCGCAGAAGCCCCCCGGCGAGGCCACGCCCACGUCUUAUGUUGCAUCCAAAACCAAGUUUUUUGAGAAUGCCUCCAGGAAAGUUGGCAGUCCGCAACCCUCCUCACCACCGUCAGAUGUGAAGAAUGUAAAAAAAGAGAAUUAACGUUCAGACGGCGAAAAGUGACCUCGACACAAGCUGUUGGUGCACAUUAAGGUGGAGGGAGUAAACUCAGAGUACCCAGAGGAAAUGGGUAGAGUUCUACAGAGCUGAGUGGACUGACAUCAGGAUGUUUCCACAUCAGGAUGGUGAUGUGAAACGAGCCCUCGAAGUUCACCUCUGUGUUUGAUAGACAUUCCAAAGUUAAUCCUGAUGCCUUCAAAACAAAAACAAAAAAAAAUCUGCCCAUAUUUGACCAUUUACUGUGUUUAAGUCUUUAGAUUCCUCUCGAUAAAUUUAGUCCACGGGAAUUAACAGCCAUACUGGUUUGGACUUCUUCUCAGCAGCGUGAAGCCGCUCCGCCAAAGAAGAAUAACCCACCGAAAACAGAUUUGACCAGUUUCAAGUUUGUCAAAUGUAAAUCUGAAUUACAUUUUUACAAUUUCAGUAUUAAAACUAAUUGCAUGAAAAGGGCUGGAGAGAGAUAUUUGUCAUUUCUGGCAACAAAAUAGGCAAAAUUAUUGCUGAAUAAGCUGUUUGUUGGUCUUAAGACAGUUUUAUUAACGUCAGUAGGUGAUUGGGAAAGAGUAAUUUACCCUUUUAAAACUUAGUCACUUCUUAUUUUAAGGGAAAAACUGAUGUUUUUAUCAGAUUAUAGCAGUCAGAAGUUUGGGUUAUGUUGAAAUGUAAAGUUAGAAUAAGUUUGAACCUCAUUGGCUGAUGUACAUUCCCCCUUUUCUUACCUAUUGCAGGUAUGUCAAGUAGUGAAACACCUUUUGCAGAUUUUCUUUUUUCUGCAGCUCAUGUU